GCUUGUGAAUCUACUCUUAGCAACACAAUGCAAGCAAAACGGUAUUUAUAUCCCUAACUAAAUGAAUUCUCUCUCCCAAUUUACAUCCAUCCUUCCCCCCAAUUCCACCUUCCUGUGGAAAUGGAAAUCUCUCUGCAACUUUCAGCCAUUCUCUUCCUCAUCCUUACAUCCUUUGUUUGCCUUCUCUUUCUCCGUCAACUCCGUAGAAAACUCCCAUACCCACCCAGUCCCCAUGGCCUACCCGUAAUUGGAAACAUGUUAAUGUUACACCAACUCACCCACAGAGGCCUGGCCCGGCUCGCCAAAAAGUAUGGUGGGCUUUUUCAUCUUCGCAUGGGCAUCGUUCACAUUGUAGUGGUGUCAUCAGCUGACAUGGCCCAUGAGGUCCUUCAAGCACAAGACAACGUAUUUUCAAACCGGCCUGCCAGCUUGGCAAUUUCCUACCUCACCUAUGGUCGGGCCGACAUGGCAUUCGCCAACUACGGCCCGUUUUGGAGACAGAUGCGUAAAAUCUGCACGAUGAAACUGUUCAGCCGAAACCGGACUGAGACAUGGGCUUCUGUGAGGGAAGAAGUAGAUAGAACAGUUCAAAACAUCAUGGAAAAAACCGGUUCACCCAUCAACUUGGGUGAUUUGGUUUUCGAUCUAACAAGGAGUAUUACCUUUAAGGCUGCGUUUGGGACAAGUUUAAAUGAAGAACAAGAGGAGUUCAUGAAGAUCUUGCAAGAGUUUUCAAAGCUGUUUGGAGCGUUUAACAUCGGAGAUUUUAUUCCAUGGUUGGGCUGGCUUCAUUCUCGACAGUUUAAGAAAAGAAUGGUCGAAGCAAGGAAUGCACUUGAUGUUUUUAUUGAUAAAAUCAUUGAUGAACACGUGGCAAAGAGAAACAACAGCGAGGAGAGAGAUUAUAAUGACAGUGAACGAGUUACGGAUAUGGUUGAUGAACUAAUGGCUUUUCUCAAUGAAGGAGGUGGUGGUGAUAAUACUGAAUUGAAAAAUUCACACCAACCCACACUUAAGUUGACUAGAGAUAAUAUUAAAGCUCUAAUCAUGGACGUCAUGUUCGGCGGGACAGAGACUGUGGCAUCAGCUAUAGAAUGGGCCAUAGCAGAGCUCCUGAAAAGCCCAAUGGACCUCCAAAAGGUCCAACAAGAGUUGGAAGACGUUGUGGGCCCGGAUCGAAGAUUCAAGGAAACUGAUCUUGACAAAUUGACUUACCUCACAUGCGUUAUCAAAGAGACGUUGCGGCUCCACCCGCCAAUACCACUCCUCCUCCACCAGGCUGCCGAAGACGCCGUCGUCGCGGGUUACUUCAUCCCGGCGAACUCCCGAGUAUGGAUCAACGCAUGGGCAAUCGGCCGCGAUGAGAGAGCAUGGGACGAGCCUGAGAUGUUCAAGCCAUGGAGGUUCCUGAACGACGAGUCGCCCGAUUUCAGAGGAAGCAACUUCGAGUUCAUUCCAUUCGGGUCCGGUCGAAGGUCGUGCCCAGGUAUGCAACUCGGGUUGUAUGCUCUGGAGAUGACGGUGGCGGAGUUGCUUCAUUGUUUCGAGUGGGAGUUAGGGAAGGGGAUGAAGCCGAGCGAGGUUGACAUGAGUGAUGUGAUUGGGCUCACUGCUCCUAAAGCGGUUCGACUCGUUGCUGUACCCAGUUAUCGACUUAAUGUUCCGCUGAAAGAUGAGUGAGGAGAGUUAAUUUUGUUAUUGUGUUACAGUGAAGCUAAGUCUUAAGACGAUGUGCUUUGGUGCUUAAUUAAAC